AUGACCACUCCCGAUCUGGAUGAUCUAAUCGUAUGUUACUCAGAUGCAGCCUGGAAAAAGGAGUCCAACAUAGCUGCCUUCGGGUGUAUCUUCAAGGACAAGCGGGGAUCGACAAUAUCCGAGACCUCCUGCGUGGAAAAAAACGUGCCAUCACCAUUGGUAGCUGAAGCUUUGGCACUACGAUGCGCCCUCCUCACUGCCAUCUCCCUAGACUUUUCAAAAAUCUGUUUCAAAACAGAUUGCCAGACGCUCAUUACAGCGCUCACCUCGACUGUUCCUCCGGCGGAUCUCUACGGGAUCAUCCAGGACAUCGACCAUCUAUCUUCACUCUUUGUUUCUGUAUCUUUCAAAUUCCUAGCUAGAAAUUUCAAUUCUGCAGCAGAUAAACUGGCUAAAUCUGCACUUUGUACUGCUACUUUCUCUAUCCCAUAG